UAUAGAAUGGGUUGCCAGAUGGUGGUGUCAUACAUGACCGAUGACAUCACAAUGGUCUUUAAGCCAAUUUGAACAAUGGGUUAAUGUGGAUAUGUAUCAGUCUUCAUUGGUUAUUGACAUGGCUUGUUUCUGCUGGUGCAAAAAGAAAAAACGUCAGAAAGCAAAUUCAGUUGAUGUAGAGCAGAAGACAAGAAAGAAGAAUGAGAGUGGCACUUCAUCCCCCUCUCCAAUUCCAUCUGACCGUUCUGAACGGAAUGCCUCCGUCACCUCUGACCCUUCACCCUCUGACCAACUCUCCUCCCUCCAUCCACCUUCCUCUCCUGUUAAAUGUUCCUCUCAGCCUUGCUCUCCUGCUAAACAGCCCUCUGUACCCCGGUCACCUGCCAAACACCCUUCCCCAGUGAAAUCCUCUCCAGUGGUGUCCCUCCCUAGUUCUCCCUCUCCUACCAACCCUCUGGACUGUCAUGGAGACACCAGCCAUGAGGGCACAACAGUCAGACCUCUGUCUCUUCUGGACCACUCUAGCCCAAGGCCCCAGAGGCCAGUCUCAGCCACCAGAAGCAUGAGUCUUCCCAGGGCCAGCUCAGCCACCAGAGGGUCAGAAGAGACCCAGGGGGCCAGAGGAGAACGGGGGGCACUGGUCAACAUGGAACUUCUUGGGUUGCCUAACAUUGGCAACACUUGCUUCCUUAACGCCAUCCUGCAGUGUCUCCUGGUCCUGCCUUCCUUCUUAAAGAAAAUCCUGCACCAGGAACAACUCUGGAGCUCCUCCCCCUUCUCCAACCUGCUCAGGUGUCUGUCUGAUGUGUACCGUUCGAGUCUACCUGACAGUGGGGCAAACCAGGCCUCAAAAGCAGACCUCAUGUGGAAGGUCAAGUACUCCUUGUCAGGAUAUGAUUUGAAAUAUCUGGGGGACACGCAACAGGACGCACACGAGUUACUUGUGAACAUGCUGUGUCAGCUGAAGGAGGAGGGCAUGAUAUUGAAGACACUCGGGGUGAGCUAUACCUGCCCUGUUUCCCAGCUGGAGUUCCAGCUUGUGUCGGUGCGCACAUGUACCAGCUGUGGGCGCGAGUCGUCCACCAGAGAGGACUACAACCACCUCUCAUUGGACUUCAGCCCUGAGCGCACCUUGCAGAGCAGCCUAGCACUCACUUUCAAAGGUGAAAAGGUUGAAUUCAAAUGUGAGGGCUGUAAAGGACUCCACGCCACAAAGUUGGAGCUUUUCCACACACUGCCUCUUGUGCUGGUUCUGCAUCUGAAGAGGUUUGGAGGACCUGGGGGGUUGGAGAAGCUGGAGGCUCCUCUUUUGUUUCCUUCGGAGCUGAGGCUCUCCACCCUCUGUGGGGACAUGGUGCCACACCUGCACAGUGCCAGCCCACAGGCCCUCACCAACCUGGCCCCCAGCAUCCAGGGGUCCAUCCCCCAGACCCUCACCAGCCAAGUCUCCAGCCCAGCUGGAGAGGCCAAAGACAGCACCCUCUGCUGUUCAGAUUCAAAUGACCAGGAACCAGAGAAAGUGCUGCUGACAGCCUCAGUGAAGCAGCAGCCAGUGAAGUCAGUGAAUGGAUACUACCAGCUGACUGGUGUAGUCUCUCAUUUGGGAGGCUCCGCAAACUCCGGGCACUACAUUAGUGACAUCUUGCAUGCCAGUGGAAACUGGUUCUGCUGUAACGACAGCCAGGUGUCAAUGUCCAAUGAAGCCACUGUGCUGAGGACCAGAGCCCGGAGUGCCUACAUGCUCUUCUAUAUGUUCAGGUACCGCUUACUCUCACCAUCUAUAUUCUUGUGUUGCUAUAUAUGUGUACGGUUCCUUUCACCCUACAGGGCAAGAGAGCGGGAGGCCCCAGCACACAGGGCCUAACAUGGCCACCUGCACCAGCCCCAGCCUAAACAGGGGCAGCACCUGGACCGGCCUCCAAACACUCAGACAUGCCUCAACAGGGGCAGGACCUGGACCAGCCUCAACACACUCAGCUCAGCCUCAACAGGGUCAGCACCUGAACGAGCCUCAACAGGGUCAGCACUGGGCCCAACAUCAACAACCCCGAGCCCAGCCUCAACAGGGGCAGCACCUGGCCCAGCUUCAACACCCCCAGCCCAGCCUCAACACACUCACACCUGUCUCAACAGGGGCAACACCUGGCACAAUUUCAACACCCCCAGCCCAGCCUCAACAUGGGAAGAACCAGGCCCAGUCUCAACAUGGACAGAACAAGACCCAGCCCCAACACCCUCAGCCCUGCCUCAACAGGUGCAGCACUCAGCCCAACUUUAAUCAUGCGGAUCAAGGGAGACUUGCUCUUCCUCACUAGCAUGAACAUUAUUUCAGUAGCUUAUGUCAUAAAUGCCUCUCCUUGAUUUGACUACUUCACCUAAUGUAUAAAGGUCAUGUAAAAAAACACAUAAAGUAUACACACUAAAUGUAGUACACAUGUAAAUGUGGUGGAUAGAGUGUGUGAUUAUUUAGAGGGUAUAACAUCCCUUCUAUUUGGUUUGGUUUGAAAUCCUCCUGUUGUGAAAUACACUGUGGUGUAUAACUUCUUAUUCAGCAUGGUCAGACUGGAUGACCUGCAAUAUUCAACAUUGAUCCAGGUCCCCAGCAUGUCAGGAGAUGACUUGUGCAUGCCAUGCAAUCUUAAUAAAGACAAACACAUUUAAGAUGAC